AUGGGAUAUUGGGAGUCUGGGACCUAGGGUUGAAAAGCUUGAACUUCGAACGGCUAUGAUCGUUUCAUCACAAAAACCCCCUCAAAACCCACAAUCCUCGUACCUACCAUUCGUCCAUUUCAAACACACAGAACAAAACCACCAACUGCACAAGAAUUGCUGUGCGCCUAAAAAGGAAGGAAGAAGAAUGAUCAAUUAUCAUCAUAUCAAAGCGCAGAAUCGCGUCGGUGGUAGCUAGUGAUGCAUAUCCCCGAGAAAUUGCGAGAAGGUGAGAGAAAAUAGAGGGCUCUAGCGGAAUUCGGCAACGUCCCCCUGUGCUGAAGAAGCUCCUCCAGCGGGCGCUGCUUGGAAACAUGCGGAAAGGCCUCUUCAAGUCCAAACCCAAGACGCCGGCCGACCUCGUCCGGCAAACCCGCGACGUCCUCGUAUAUCUCGACACCGCAGGCCCCAAGCGCGAUGACAAGUUGGCAGAAUUGAACAAGCUCGUCAGGGAAUUAAAGUCAGUUCUGUAUGGUAACAGUGAAUCUGAGCCAGUUCCUGAAGCUUGUGCACAAUUGACCCAGGAGAUCUUCAGGGCAAACACUUUCCGCCUCCUCAUUAUUUGUCUUCCAAAAUUAAACUUGGAGGCCCGUAAAGAUGUGACCCAAGUGGUUGCAAAUUUGCAGAGGCAACAGGUUCAUUCACGGCUUAUUGCUUCCGAUUACUUGGAAGCUAACCUAGAUCUCAUGGAUCUUUUAAUAUCAGGGUAUGAAGAUCUAGAUAUUGCUUUACAUUAUGGUGGAAUGUUGAGGGAAUGCAUACGUCAUCAAAGCAUUGCCAAGCAUGUCUUGGAAUCAGAGCACUUGAAGAAAUUUUUUGACUAUAUACAACUUCCACAUUUUGAUGUUGCAGCAGAUGCUGCGGCAACGUUUAAGGAGCUAUUGACAAGACAUAAAUCCACUGUAGCCGAAUUUCUUUCUAAAAACUAUGAUUGGUUUUUUGAGGAAUAUAAUUCAAAGCUGCUGGAAUCUGAGAACUACAUCACCAGACGACAAGGCGUCAAGCUGCUUGGAGACAUGUUACUUGAUCGUUCAAAUUCUGCAGUGAUGGUGCGCUAUGUGAGCUCAAAAGACAACUUGAGGAUUCUGAUGAAUCUUCUUAGGGAGUCGAGCAAGGGCAUCCAGAUAGAAGCAUUUCAUGUGUUCAAGCUCUUUGCUGCUAAUCAAAAUAAGCCCCCUGAUAUUGUCGGCAUACUCAUUGCUAACAGAAGCAAGCUUCUCCGUUUGUUUGGUGGCUUCAAGAUUGAUAAAGAGGAUGAGCAGUUUGAAGCAGAUAAAGCUCAAGUAGUAAAAGAAAUUGCUGAAUUGGAGCCUAGAGAUCAGCGGUGAACAGUUUUGGAUGGAUCUAUUGCCUCUUAAUAGUUUUGAAUAUAAUUUGCUGUUUGAUCUGAUAUUAUAUGGUUUCUAAUAAUCAAUUAUAUAAUUAUAUGGUUUCUGAUAA